CUCAAAAUCCAGCUCAUAUAAACUCACACACUGACCUACUUCCACUGCAGAGGACGAAGACAUCAGACGCUCAGGACUUCACCAAACCCUCAGACUUUUGACUAAAGGAUGUUGUCGUGCGUGUGCGUGUUGCUGCUGGCGGCCUCGGCUCUGAGCCACCUGGAUGAGGCCUUCCUGGACGACCAGUGGGACCAGUGGAAGACCACACACAGGAGAGAAUACAACGGCCUGGGCGAGGAGGGGAUCCGCAGGGCCGUCUGGGAGAAGAACAUGAGAAUGAUCGUGGCCCACAACGAGGAGGCAGCGCUGGGUAUGCACUCCUACGAGCUGGGGAUGAACCACCUGGGAGACAUGACGUCAGAGGAAGUGGCCGAGAAGAUGACCGGCCUGCAGGUCCCGUUGGAACGCCAGCGCAGCUUCACCAUGGCUCUGGACGAGAGGGUGUCCAAACUCCCAAAAUUCGUCGACUACCGCAAGGAGGGCAUGGUGACUCCGGUGAAAAACCAGGGCUCCUGUGGCUCCUGUUGGGCCUUCAGCUCCGCCGGGGCCCUGGAGGGCCAGUUGGCCAAGAAGACGGGUCAGCUAAUGGACCUCAGUCCUCAGAACCUGGUGGACUGUGUCACCGAGAACAACGGCUGCGGAGGAGGAUACAUGACCAACGCCUUCCAGUACGUCCAGGAGAACGGAGGCAUCGACUCUGAGGAGGCGUACCCGUACGUCGGAGAGGACCAGUCGUGCCGCUACAACUCCUCAGGAAUGGCGGCUCAGUGCAAAGGCUAUAAGGAAGUGCCCGUGGGCGAUGAGCACGCUCUGGCUGUCGCUCUGUUUAAAGUGGGUCCAGUGUCUGUCGGCAUCGACGCCUCACAGAGCAGCUUCCAGUUCUACCAGAGAGGUGUUUACUACGACCGCAACUGCAACAAAGACGACAUCAAUCACGCCGUGCUGGCGGUCGGCUACGGAAUCAGCUCCAAGGGGAAGAAGUACUGGAUCAUCAAGAACAGCUGGAGCGAGAACUGGGGCAAAAAGGGCUACAUCCUGAUGGCACGUAACCGUGACAACCUCUGCGGCAUCGCCAACCUCGCCAGCUACCCCAUCAUGUGAGGGGACGGGUGCGGAGCUCAGAGGAAGACGAGGGUGGACAGAGGGGCUUCGAUCAGACCACAUGAAGAGAGCUCCUCCCCAAAUCUAAGUUACUAACAAAUUAAGUUCAAAUAACAAAACAUGUUUUUCUAAAUUCAAAUGUGGACUUUUUGUAUGAGUGAAUGUUUUCUGGUAUGAAACAGGAGUUCAAUGUUUUGGACUCUUGGAAUCCGAGCGUCUGUAGGAAUGAGGACGUUUGGUUAUCUUGAGGUAUUUGAGGCACUUUGAAGCCCUGAAGUCUUUUCAGGUUUUAUCUCCAGAGCAGCAGACGUCCGAGAGAAACACGAUACAAACCUGCAGGGACGUGAUGUUAGAAACUCACCUCAGUCCCACGUUAAAUCCACGGACCCACAGGGAGCAAACUGAAUCUCCUCGUGUUUGUCUGGUCUGUGAAUGUUCAGAUCUUUAAGUUUAAUCAGUUUGUGAGGAGGAAACAUUGCUGGGCAAUGGAGGCUCCUCCUUCCCUCCUCACACCAAUAAUCCCAAUAUUUCACCUGAUCACUUUGGUUGUUGUUGUUGUUGUUGUUGUUCUGUUCAGCACUUUUCUGAUGAUUCAACUGGAAACUGAUGUUUUCUAUGAACUUGAAUAAAGGUUUCAUUUUGAA